AUGGAGGCAAAAGUGCCAAUAAUCAAUGACCAAACUUGCAAGAACCAAUACGAUUCAUUCACGAAUAUGAACGAGAAUUUCAACGAAGAUGUGCAUAUCUGCGCUGGGUACGGAAAUGGCUACCAAGAUGCUUGCCAAGGAGAUUCUGGAGGACCCCUGAUGUGUCAACGAGAAAAUAGCUGCGAAUGGUACCUGGCCGGAGUCGUCUCUUACGGCUGGAGAUGCGGGGUCAGCUAUGGUGUCUACGCAGAGGUCAAUGGCUUUGCCGACUGGGUCCAUCAAAAUACAGGAAUUCCGAAAAACCCCGCAGAGGGGAAAACCUGCAAUAUCAACUACGGCGAAAAAGGCUGCGAAGCGCUCAAAUUCGAUGGAAAACUUUAUCAAUACGACGCUGUUUCUGAUUCUUAUGUCCUCAAAGACCCAACACUUCCAAAACAAACGAUGUUCCAGUUUACCAAUUUUUGGAUUUUGAGGCCUGGUGAUAAGCCGUCUUCUGGACCUGGAACUGAAUUUAUUGCAGCGUUUCGAAUGCCAAAUGAUCGAGUCUGCAAGUUUGACACUGAAGCUCAAUGGUCCUUUACCGGUCUUACCGCAGUAGAAACGAAUGAUAAGCUUGAAUGUGGAACCCAAGAUUGA